GCUCCGUCCUCGAUGAUCACGACACUUCGGUCGUCUACGUAUAACUACGGAAUAUGAAAAAAGAAACAAAAUUUUUUUUGGAUAGAGUGUCACAUUCAUUUUGCGAGAUACGGAUGAGGUGCUUAUUAAAGAUUUACAAACAAGUAGUAACGCUACGUACAACUAGGAAAACUUUCUGUUUUUGCUGAUGGUAGUAGAAGUGGCUUGAAGCCACUUCCUUAGACUUACCUACGUACG